UCAACACCUCGAUUGGAGAAGAAAACCUUUCAUUCUUGAAAGAAGCUUUGCUGUCUGGUUGUGUAACGUGACUGACGGACCUUGCGAAGAGCAACAUUUACAAUGACCAUUCUCAGCCGUUUCGUUGCUCCCAUGAGGAGUAGCAUGAACGCAUGCAGCGGAGCUCGUCGCUUUAUGCGAGUUCGAGUUCCACAGAAUGCUCGUGCUGAUGCCAACAAAGUAAGCAACACAGUGGAGGAUGCUGCUUCUCGGUAUGAUCGCUAUGGAAGGAUCUUCCUGGGCUCUGCUUGUGCUGCUGGAAUCGGUGGUCUGUGUCUGUAUGGAAUCAGUGGCUCGAGAGAGAUGUCUCUAGGUGAGCGCUCAGUGAUGUGGUCGCCCGUGGUGCGUGCUCGCAUCAGACAGACAUUUGGCUACUUUACUCUGGGUCUGGCCACUACUGCUGGUGCUGUCGUAGCUCUGCACCGCACUGGUGCCUCCAUCCGUCUCAUGCAGAUGAUGCAACAGCGACCCAUACUCAGCUUCCUGGUGCCCUUGGGUGGAUUGAUGCUGACGAACGGCAUGAACACGGCCAUUCCCUACAGAGAGAAUGGUGUGAAUUUGGAGAAGUUUGGUCUGAUGUUGCUCUGUAACGGCAUCGUUGCUGGCAUCAUCUCGCCACUGACCAUGCUCGGAGGUCCUCUCCUGUUGCGUGCUGCUGUUAUCACCGGCGGUGCAAUGGGCGCUCUGUCGCUCACUGCCAUGUGUGCGCCAUCUCACCAGUUCUUGAACUACGGCGGUCCGCUGUCCUUGUGCCUGGGCGGUAUGUGCCUGGCGACAUUCGGUGCUGCUUUCCUGCCGGCCGGCGGUGCUGCUGCAGCCGGUUUCCACGCAUUCUACGUGUAUGGUGGCCUGGUGCUGUUUGGUGGGCUCACGCUCUAUGAUAUCCAGCGCAUCGUACACCGUGCAGAAACCUCUGCUCAGUUUGACCCGGUAUCUGCAUCCCUGUCUGUCUACAUGGAUGCUAUCAAUAUCUUCAUCCGUGUCGCCAUGAUGCUGGGCAACAACAAGAGACGGCGGUAAGCUUUUCGUUGCUGGUUUCUGUCACUGAAAUUUAUCUUUCCAUCCCCGCUGUAGCUACUGCUGUCCUGUGUGCCGCAAGGCUAUCAUGCCUCCCAUUCUUUACCUGUCUUUUCUGGCGCUGACACUGUAUAUCCUUUUCUUGCUAGUUUUCGUUGAAUCCUAUUAUCUGCUCGCCUGAGUUUCUUCUGCUUGCUAUGCUAUGCCCUGCUGUCCACUUCUUGAACCUUAUGCUGAGGUCUAAGCUCUCACUCUUUUUGCUUAUACUAAUAGUACAUUAUACAAUGUAAUUCGACUAUGUGUGUGUGUGUGUGUGUGUGUGUGUGUGUGUGUGUGUGUGUGCGCGCGCGCGCGCGCGAGCGUGCACCUUUUUGCCUGAAGCCUCAGUUCGCAGCUUCAUCUGCUGUAUAAUGCAUGCCAACUUUUAUUCACAACUUCAAUAUGAUACGAGCUGGACUGGUAAACUGUUUCUCUGUGCAAAUUGUGACUGGCAUUGUGAAUGAUGACUUCUCAGUUCCCACCAACGA